AACAAGGCAGACACCCACAUCCACGCCCCGCAGUACCCCAACACGGGGCUCUUCGGCAGCGCGACCCUCCUCGACUGGCUGCAGACCUACACGUUCCCGAUGGAAGCCUCCUUCGCCAGCCCGGCCGCGCUGCCGGGCCUGCCCCCGCCCACCGCCUACCGCGCCUACUCGCAGGUCAUCGCGCGGACGCUGAGCCACGGCACGACGACCGCCGCCUACUACGCGACGAUCCACGUGCCCGCGACGAACCUCCUGGCCAGCCUCGCGCACCAGCGCGGCCAGCGCGCCCUGAUCGGCCGCGUCUGCAUGGACAACCCGUCGACGUGCCCGAGCACGCUGAUCGACGAGUCCCCCGAGGCCAGCCUCCGCGACACCGAGGCCGUCGUCGCGCACAUCCACUCCCUCGCCCCCGCCACCAAAGAAGCCCUCGUCAAACCCAUCCUCACCCCGCGCUUCGCCCCCUCCUGCACCCCGCCCUCUCUCGCGGGGCUCGCCGCCCUCGCCAAGCACCACUCCCCCCCGCUGCACAUCCAGACGCACAUCGCCGAGAACGUCAACGAGAUCGCCCUCGUCCGCCAGCAGUUCCCGGCCUGCGCGCAUUACGCGGCCGUGUACGACCAGGCGGGCUUGCUCACGCCCCGCACCAUCCUGGCGCACGCCGUGCACUUCUCCCCGGCGGAGCGGUCGCUCGUCGCCGCCCGCGGCGCCAAGGUCAGCCACUGUCCCGCGAGCAACUCGGCGCUGGGGUCGGGGAUCUGUCCGGUCCGCUGGCUGCGGAGGGGCGGGGUCGUCGUGGGGCUGGGCAGCGAUGUGAGCGGCGGGUAUAGUGUGGGGUUGCUGGAGGGCGUGCGGCAGGCCUGUUUGGUGUCGCGGUUGCUGCCGUUCCUGAAGGACCCCGAGGGAGAGGAAGACGGAAAGGGCGAGGACGGGGUCGUCUCCGUCGAGGAGGCGCUGUACCUCGCCACGCGCGGCGGCGCCGCCGUCGUCGAUCUGCCCGAUCUGAUCGGCGGGUUCGAGCUGGGCAUGGCCUGGGAUGCGCAGUUGAUUCGGCUGGGGCGGUUCCAGCCGGCGGGGCUGUGGGGGCCGGACGGCGUCGGCAGUAAUGUCGAUGUGUUUGGCGAGGAGAGCUGGGUCGAGAAGGUGCAUAAGUGGGUGUGGAGCGGGGAUGAUCGCAACGUCAGGGCGGUCUGGGUGCAGGGCCGGUUGGUGCAUGGGAGUGUUGGUGACGGUGAUGGUGGUGAUGAGGGGUGGAGUGCGUGGAAGUGGGUUUGGGGGCUGGUCGGGGUCGGCGCUGCUUGG